UAUUACUCCAAAUUUAGCCGCUCUUGCACUGAAUUAAAAUUAGUUACAUAAAUUUCACACCGUAAUGCCAAUUUUCCAGAAUCCACAACUUUAAUUUAAUCGUAACUUCAAAUAGAGUAAAAUAGUUCCCAAUUUUCAUCACUUUUCGAGUACUAAUAAUUAUUCAGUCUUUUAAUACAACUCACCCGUCACGGUCGCAAUAUGGAUGACUUUAUCACGGACGCAGAGACCGGACUUGAAUCUUUCACCGGCGAAGUGCGCGAGUUUCUCUACGGCGUAGACCUCGUCUACAUUUCCCUUCUGAGCUCAGUGUUCUUCAUAACUCUUAUAAUCUUCGAUAUUGCCUACAACUUCGCAUUUCCUGGCCGCUUUGAGGUCCAAAAACGAAGAAGGCAAUGGCGGCAUGGAGGAGGCAACCGGGACGACGGGACGAACUGGGCACCCGCCAAGCCGGACGGUCAGGGCGGAGCGUUGGUGUAUCCGUACUCAGAGGGAUACUGGAGGGACAGAUCCAACGACUUGGCGGGAGUUGUUCACAACGCCAUCGAAACAACAGCUAAAAAACUCUCUGAUUAAAGUAAUAGAAUCCUAGCUUAAAACACUAAAAGUCAAGCGUGUUUUGGUAAUUUUAUAUUCGAUACCGUGAAUGUGGAGCACAAAAAAAUCCAGGGCAUGUAUUGGAUGUCUACAAUGCGACUUGGAUGUAUUAUUUAAUGCUAGAUAUAUUUUUAACUCGUUUAUAUGACAUAUUAUUAUUAUAUCUAUGUCGGAACUAUAAGGUUUCCGCUAGCAGUGGGUGCGUUCUCUGGUCAAGAAAAAUGUAACCGAUCUAGGUUGUUGCAGAAAACCCUUUUAUUAUUUUUCCUGUACAUAAUAUACAGCGAUGCCAGCUCUUGAUUACAUCAUGUUAGCCGCUAGCCGAUUCUUAACCACCUGACCAACUGGCACAUUUUAACCAAUAUUUUCACAACUUGUUGCUGGGUUCGAUCUUACUAGUUCUAGAACAUAGCUUGCUCCGAUUAGCGAUCUAAGAAGAGCCGGUUUCUCGAAAUAUGAUAUACAAUGAGGAAAAGUGGCCAUUCAAGAAUUAAAUAGUAGGUCGAAUUUUAUAGGUGUUAACGAGAAAUUAUUUCAAAUAUUUGAAACAGCUAAAUAAAUUGGUUCAAACCAUUUUCAACAGUCGGUUAAAUUGCAUGAUGUCAUUCGAGAACAGAUUCUGCGUCGUUUACGAAUCAUUCGUCCGACUGAGCGCUACACGCAAACAAAAGCAGUUGAUGCGUUGAUGAUGAUCAACUUUGGACGUCCCUUGAGAAUCUGGAAUUGUCAGGGUAAUCUUAAUCAUUGUGGGUAGAUAUGCUCCAAAGACGAAUUUAACAAGUUUUAUUAUAAUGUUGCCUAAGGUUUGAAUACAAAUUAUGCAUUUUUACGUUAAAUUAGUAUUAGAUGUCAGAUUAAGCUUGUGUAAACAAGGGUGGUUAAUUGUCAGAGAAUUGUCUUAUUUACAUUUUCAGAAUCUAACAAUAUUCUUCGGAUGAUGUAGAUUGAUCAAAAUGAAGGUUUAAGGAAGUAAUUUUAAUUUAUUAACGACGUUUCGAAUGUAACAACAUUA